CUUCUUGUUGUGGCUUUGAUAGCCAACGGUUUAGUAUGUACAGCCAUAUUAAUAAACAGCGACCUACGGAAGAGAACUUCUAAUACACUCCUAUUGUUGCUAUCAAUGAGCGACUUCUUUGUGGGCUUAGCGGUUCAGCCCAUGUACUUCAUCAGGCGCUUAUUAGAGCUUCACGAUCGCUACGUUUGCUGGGUGUUGGUGACCUACAGAGUUCUUUGGCAUUUAUCGAUUGGAACAUCUUUUCUCAUUCUUUGCUUUAUUUCGUGCGAGAGGUACAUCGCAUUGUUCUUCGCAUUCAAAUACAAGCAGAUCAUAUCGACCCCGCGCCUUCUCUUCUUUACCGGUUUUUCCGUUAUCUCCUGGACAUUGUUCGUGAUUUCACGAUUCCUUGGUGUUGAUAGUGGAAAAUACUACACGGCCGCCACAUCGUUCAUCAUCAUAUUUGUCACUAUAAUUAUUUUUGUCUACUUUCGUAUCUACAGGCUCGCUCUUCGGCAUCAUUCUCAAAUACACUCACUGCAUCAAAACGCCAGUACAGUAGCGAAAGAGCGCAAAGUCACGAAAACAACAGCUUAUAUCAUCGGAUCAGUUUUAAUAUGCUACUCCCCACUCCUGAUAUCGCUAGUGGCUGUCAAGUUCUUUGAAGACAAGUUGUUUCAAUACUAUGUUUUUCCAAUAACAGACUGCAUGGUUUUCUGCAAUUCGUCACUGAAUCCGCUGAUAUAUUGCUGGCGGAAUGCCGAAUUAAGACGGUGUAUCGCUAGGCUGACUGGAAUAAAAGCGCGUGAGGAGAUAUCAUGGUGCUCUGGUGGCGUUCACGAAAUUAAAGAAGCUGUGUCAUGA